CACUGAGAAAACAUCAACUUUAACUGUAAACAGUUCAGGACGUUUUAAACUCGAUAUGCUGUCAUCCAAGUUUUUUGUACUUAUGAUGGGCAUCACCAGCAUGUUGCUCUUAAGUGCACCUACAGCGGAAGGAACCUUUUUAUUUUUCGCCUGUCUACUUCGAUCACCUUUAUGCCCCUUCCGAACACCAUCAACAACAACCCAAGCACCAGCUGCAGGCGGUAAUGGAGGAGCAGGCGGUGGUGCAGGAGCAGGCGGUGAUGCAGGAGCAGGCGGUGAUCCAGGAGCAAAAUAAUUGCGAACAUGUCUAAAUUCUAUUGUAAACUAUAGAAAAUAUUUAAUUGGUUAUUGUUAAUAAAAAAAUAUCCCUUAUGAA